CAGUUUUGGAGCUUUGUCCAUCGCCAAGCGAAAGCCACAACCAAAACUCGCAACAACAUUGCGCGCUGGUAAUCGCGAUCCACCGACCAUCAUCACGAACGGUCGCCCUAUAGGUCACGGCCGAUAUGUGAUUCGGCCACUUCUCGCAAACUGACAGCUACUUUUACCGAUUGUCGAUCGAUCCUGCGCGCAACCCGCCCUUCCUCGACAAAACAACACACCACACAACCAAAUCACCGAUUCCGCGCGACCACACACAACCUAACAAACCCCCAACAAAAAUGUCCACCCCCUUCAACUUCCACCUCCCCUCCACAAGCACCUUCGACCCCGACCCAGCCCCCUUCCAACCCCCAUCCACCCCCGACCGCUACCGCACCAAACCCUCCUCCUCCAAACCGGCCGUUGCCGACCCCCUCUACACAAACGCGAGCAACCGCUCCACCACGCCCUCCGGCCCGCCCCCGCCCGCCACGGGCCACCAAGACGACCACGACUACGACGACGAUCCCCACAACUCGUCGACUGCUAGCUUCACGCCUGCUGGCGCGCCGUCCGCGAGCUAUCUCGGUAGUUCGAUCCUUCGCGGCAUGUCGACUGCGCGGGGUGGUGGGAAGGAGCAGCCGGUGAGGGGGUUGUUUACGGCCGGUGGUGGUGGUGGGAAGGAGGCGGCGGCGCCGCAGGGGUUGUUUACUGGUGGUGGAGGUGGUGGUGGUGGUGGUGGUGGUGGUGGGAGCAGUCGUGGGGGGUUGUUUACGGGGAUUGGCGGGGGGUUUGAUUCGGCGGGCGGGUUUAUGGGGGUGGGAGGAGGGGAUGGGAAGAAGAAUCUGUUCUCGGGGACGGCGGCGCAGCAGAAGCGGAGUGCGCCGCUGGGGAGGUCGAUCAUCCGCGGCCCGGGCCAUGCGCGGCAGCCGUCGCGGCUGAGUCGGGCGGUGGCGGUGGAUGAUGAGGAUAGUCCUGGGCGGGGUGGGAGGACGGCUGGUGGUGGUGGUGGUGGUGGUGGUGGUGGUGUUGCGCCUGCGAGUAAGACGUUUGGGGUGCCGUUUGAUGAUGACGAUGAUGAGGAGGGCGAGAGCGAUAUGUGGCUGGAUUUGCCCUCGACUGCAGGGACGGGGACGGGCCUGCCCGCUGCGAUUGGGGACGAGUCGGAUCUGUUGAUGAUGGCUACGCCUGCUGCGACUGAGAGGGUGCGCCGCGAGGCGGAGGAUAUCUUCCGCGCGUCGUCGUUCCAGGCCGGCGGCGCGGUGAGGAGGAACGAGUAUCACUAUGCUGCGCUCGCCAAGGAUGUUUAUCAGCAGAUGGGGACCGCGCAGGUUACCGAGACCCCGCAGGUCAUUCUGGGGACGGAGAAUCUGCUCGCGAUGCUUUACGACGAAGGCGUGGGCGAGGCGGAGGACGAGGAUAAGAUGGAUGAUACGCUGGCGACGGUGUCGGCCAGGGUGGCGGCGCUCUGGAAGGGCCAUGUGGAUAAGCUCCCGCGCCCGACGGAGGACCAUGCCGCCGAGAUAGGGCCCGGUCCGCACGCCUCCCCAUUCGAGAAGGCCAACUACCUCGCCAACCUGGCGCUGCAGAUUCACCACACCCGAUACGAGGAGGCCGGCCUAGCGCGGGCGGAACCGCUUCCCGAGACGCUGUUCCGCUGGCUGAACGAGAACCACGACAUGUACGGCAACCAGGUCGAGGAGAUCCUCCGGCACCGGCCCAGCCCGGCGUGCCACUCGCUGUUCUGGCAGGCCGUCUUCAUUACGCUGCUUCGCGGCAAAGUGAGCGACGCGGCGCGGCUGCUCUACCAGGCCGGUUGGGGUCACGUCCGGCGCGGCCAGCGCGGCGAGUACGCCUAUGUCGACCGCGCGCUCGAGAACGUGCAGCGCGCGGCUGACGAGACGAUCGCCGUGCUCGAGAGCUGCCCAGGUUACGACGGCAACUGGGAGAUCUGGAGUAGUGACUGGACCUUGUUCCGCGUGCGCGCCCAGGGCUCGCUUGAGCAUCUGAGGCGGUUUGCGGAGGGCAAGGACAGCACAUUCGGCGAGUCGACCUUUUCGACCUCUGCUGCGUCGGCUAGAGGCAGGCAGUCAAUGGCCGGCCUGGCUAGACGGGCCGAGAGCCAGGUGCCGUGGGAGAUUUACGAGAACCUAAAUAUCGUGUUCGACAUCGUCCUCGGCCAGCAGGGCGCCAUUCUCGAGGCGGCACAGGAUUGGCUAGAGGCUACCGUCAGUUUAUUCGGCUGGUGGGACGAGCGCAAGUCGCACACGGACAAGCCUUUCUCCAUGUCCCAGUCACUGUCGCGGUCACAGGCUCUGGUCCUCGCUUCGACACCCGCGGCGGACACGGAUAGCUAUCUCGAUAGGCUUGCGCACACGUUCCAUUCGGCCGUGGAAUCCGAUUUCCACUUCAACUCCCAAAAUGCGGUCGAGAUUGGCAUGGCCUGUGUUUUUGAGGAUAAUAUCAAGGGUGUCAUUGGCCUGCUCCGUGGCUGGUCGCUCCCCGUUGCCGCCGCGGUGGCUGAGAUUGCGUCGCUUGGAAAAUGGCUCCCUCCCCACCAACCUUCAGGGGCGUUUGGGCUCGAAGAUCUAGACAUGGACGAUCUGGAGGUCCUUGGCAUGGAUCCCGGCGCGCCGGAUGAGAUUGACGGCAUCAAGGACAGCACCCUAGUGCAGUAUGCCCAAGCACUAGCCGACUACGACGGGCUGUCUACGGUGAAGGACAGGUUGGGUGUCUCGAGGGAAGGCUGGGAGCUGUCGAUUAGCGUCCUCGGCCGGAUGGACUCGCCCGAGCGGUCAGAGGAAAUGGUGAGGGACGUGGUGGAACACCUGGUUGAAGCGCUGCACGUGGACUCGAAUGCCACGGUGGACCGGUUGUGGCUGCUGUUGAACGAACUCGGCAUGAUUGAAUUUGCCGAGGAUACGACGGAGGCUUAUGGAGAUAUCCUCGCCCGGGAGUCACACCGCUACGGCGAGGCCAUGUGGUACUACGCCCUCGCGCACCGCCCGAACAAGGUCCGCGAGGUCAUGAACCUGCUCAUCUCCUACUCCCUGAUCCAGUCCACGGCAUUCCCGCCCGCCAACGACCUCGACGACUACCUCCACAAGCUGCUCACCGACCGCCAGAACACGCUCGAGCAGUGCGCCAACCAGGACAUGGAGGCGGCGGAGCUCCUGGGCAAGAUGCUCAGCGGCUACGCGUCCCUGCGGCAGUUCUACGACAUCCGCGACAACGAACACGCCCUCCCGCACGCGACGGCGCACGCGCGGCGCCAGCAAGCCGCGACGGCCCUCGUCAGCGUCAUCGCCAGCUCGGACGACAACAUCCGCGGCGGGCUGUUCGACCAGACGCGCGACGGCAUCGUCAGCGAGGACUUCUUGCUCGCCCUGCUCGGCGAGGCCCUCGUCUUCGUCUCGGACCCGGACGACACCAGCAUCCACCACGGCCACCUCGCCGCCGCCCCGGCCAUCUCCCUCGACCAGAUCGACGUCGUCCUCAAGGCCAUCGAGGACCUCCAGGCCGUCGGCGACCGCGUCUACCACGCCUCCGACGAGUUCCUGCAGCUCGUGCUGGCGUCGGCCCCCGGCGGCUUGAAGGGCUCGACGCCGGCUGAUCUGCUCAAGAAGACCGGUGGUGGUGGUGGUGCUGGUGGUGGUGGGCCGGGAGGGAAUGCUAUGCUGGCGGGCAGCUCGCUGGUCGCGAGCCAGCUGCAGCGGUCGCUGACCGGCGGCGGCGCGCUGGGGAAGGUCGCGGUCAAGAGGGGGUGGGACUGGCGGGCUGAGGUCACGACCAAGACUCGGGGGCGGGAUGUCAUGAAGAGGUUGAGGCUGGGCUUGGCCAAGGACCUGGCGGGGCUGUGGGUGGCCGAGGCGGAUGAGAUGGUUUGGUAGAUGGGGAGGUGGUGUGACGGCCUGUGGACUGUGGGGUAAUUGCCGGGUGGAAAAUAACGAAGGAGAGGCUUUGGUGUUUGGUUUGUUUGGGUUACCUUAGAUUAGGAACUAAAUGUACGGUUUGUGUAAUACACAAUGGAAUCACCUAGCUUUAC